GCGGCCAUAUCGGAGCCGUGACAGAUGUAUCUCGGAUCUGGGUCGCAACAAUCACCCUGCCUGGAGCAUGGUUGGAUGGGCGCCAUCCUCUCGCCGUGCUCUCGCCACCCGAGAGGACACCGAGAGGACACUGAGAGAGCACCGAGAGAGCACCGAGAGCCCCUCGGCCGUUGGUGAUACGGCGGUCGCACGGGUUUUUUGUUCGUCAGCGCAGAAUCCUGCCUGCCUUUGCCCUCAUCAGCUCGCCAACCCAUUGACCCACCCACCGACCCAUCGGCCCGCCGACCCACCGACAAGCCCACCGAUUCUACCGGCUACAUACCACCAGCUCGACAACAUGGGAAACGGACAAAAAGCCGCUAUGCGCCGCGACAGGGCUGCCAAGGACUCAAAGACCGCCAAGAGCCAGCUUAAGACGAACGAGGCUGCCAAGAACAUCAUGUGCUCGAUCUGCCGGCAGACAUUCCUCAUGACCAUCAGGGAGCAGGCGCUGCAAGAUCACAUCGAGAGCAAGCACUCGGGCAAAACCGUGAAGGAGUGCUUCCCUAUGUGGGGCUCUGCCUAGAUACAUCCACAAUCAACGGCGCUGCUUCCGUUUUUCGAACACAGGUACCACUGUUUGUUCUCCAACCUGAAUACACAGAGCCGACACCACUGUUCAGCCA